CAACUGCUCAGUGCUCAGUGUUGUCGUCCUGCCCGAAAAGCGAAGAAGCCCCACUUUGGUCUUCGUCGCUAAGUUUCCCCUCUUCCACGCAGAAGAACGCAGAAUCCAUCACCCCACUCCCAGAAAAUCCACCAAAAUGCGUUUCUUCUUCUUCUUCUUCUGCCUCGUCGCCGCCUUAGCUUCCCUCUCGGCGGCCGGCUCCGCCUUCCCCGCCACCCAUUUCCCUCUCCACAGAGCCUUCCCCCCCGUUCCCAGUCUCCACUUCGAUUCGCUCAGAGCUCGCGACCGCGUCCGCCAUGCCCGCUUCUUGCGAGGAUUAGUCGGAGGUAUCGUCAACUUCUCCGUUAAAGGCUCCUCCGAUCCAUUCGUCGGGCUUUAUUUCACGAAAGUGAGGUUGGGGAAUCCUCWGAGGGAAUUCUAUGUUCAGAUCGAUACUGGUAGCGACAUUUUGUGGAUCAAUUGCAGUCCCUGCGAUGGUUGUCCUCAAUCAAGCGGACUUGGAAUCGAACUCAACUUAUUUGAUCCUGCAAGCUCAUCCUCUGCUAGGCUUGUUCCCUGCUCAGAUCCAAUGUGUGCUGCAUUUCCAACCACAACUCAAUGUUUAUCCCACAGUAACCCGUGCAGUUACACCUUUCAUUAUCGAGAUAAAAGUGGGACAUCGGGCUAUUAUGCUACUGAUUCAAUGUAUUUUGACAUGAUUGUGGAUCAGUCCAUGAUUUCAAAUUCUUCAGCCAGUAUUGUUUUUGGUUGUAGCACAUAUCAGUAUGGGGAUUUGACUCGGGCAACCAAAGCCCUUGAUGGAAUUUUUGGAUUUGGUCAAGGGGAGUUAUCUGUUAUUUCACAAUUAUCUUCCCGAGGGAUAACACCUAAAGUAUUCUCCCAUUGUUUGAAAGGAGGGGACAGUGGAGGGGGUAUCUUGGUUCUUGGUGAGGUUCUGGAGCCCAGCAUUGUUUAUAGUCCACUUAUACCAUCUCAGCCACACUACACCUUAAAUUUACAGAGUAUUGCUAUCAGUGGGCAGCUAUUGCCAAACCCCACAUUAUUUUCAACAUCAAAUGCAGGAGGAACUAUUAUUGACUCUGGAACAACUUUAGCAUACCUUGUGGCAGAAGUUUACGAUUGGAUUGUCAGUGUGAUAACUUCUGCUGUUUCUCAAUCAGCCACUCCUACAAUUUCCAGGGGUAGUCAAUGUUAUCGAGUCUCUACAAGUAUAGCGGAAAUAUUUCCUGUGGUCAGUCUAAACUUUGAGGGUGCUUCCAUGGUGCUGAAACCUGAAGAAUAUCUUCAGUUUGACUCCAUUGAACCCACUUUAUGGUGCAUCGGUUUUCAGAAAGCUGAGGAUGGAGUAAAUAUUGUAGGAGAUCUUGUUUUGAAAGAUAAGAUCAUCGUUUAUGACUUAGCUCGACAACGGAUUGGAUGGGCCAAUUAUGACUGUUCGUUGUCGGUAAAUGUUUCUGUAACAUCUGGGAAGGAUUUCAUCAAUGAGGGACAGCUGAGUGUUAGCAGCUCCUCAAGAAAACAUUUCUAUAAGUUGCUCCGCAUUGUUAUUGUACUACUCCUAAUACAUUUAAAAGUGCUUUGAAGUCCAUUUUUUGGUAACAACCCUGAGAUUCUCUCGACUUCAUUAUUUGCCCCAGUCGUAUUCGCCCGGCCAAUCUGUGUUUUAAAUGCUUGGCCGGGUUGCUUAUCGCCGAGCUGUGAAGAGUAAAGGUUUCUGUGCCUGAGCAGGAACAUCUGCCAAAUGCAGGCAUCCUUUUCUUCGAGCUCCAUAAAAGGGUCUGCUAUAUUAGGAGUUUAGAAGUGUAAAUUUUGAAAAUAUAGUCUGAUCUGUGAUGAGAGUUGUGUUUCUUUUAUAGAAAAUGAGUUGUCAAUGGGCUUUAGGUCAGAGGUAGAAAUAGAGAUCGAGAGAGGUGCCAUUGCUGUAUUCAAAUUUCAUGAAAUAGAAUCUCAUUAAUAUGUAAUAUCAGCUGUUAUUUCAUUUUGAUUCA